GCCUGAGCGAGGCCGAGGGGGGCAGGGGCUCUCCCUCACCCUCCCCACACUCUUUUUUUAAAAAAAUAAGUAACUUGCCGAGGAGAGAAAACGCUUUCCGGAUUGACCCUCUCCGGCCGCCGUGCCUCGGUUUUCCUGUGCGGGGAGGGGAGGGAGGAGCGGGAGGCGGCGGCGGCGGCAGCGCCAUGGCUGACGCGGCGGCGGCCGCGACCCUUUCCGAGUCCGGCUGGUACCUGUCAGAUGAAGGGAUUGAGGCUUGCACAAACUCAUCUGAAAAAGUCAACAUCAAUGAUAUUAUCCUGAUUGCACUUAAUACAGACUUGAGAGCCAUUGGCAAGAAGUUCCUCCCAAGCGACAUCAAUGGCGGAAAAGUAGAAAAGUCUGAACACCCCUCCUGGAACAAAAAUUAAGCUGCUGGGAAUCGUGGAAGUGAAAAAUGGCUUUCUCCUUCUGGAUGACAGCAACACGGUGGUUCUUGGAGGGGAAGUGGAGCACCUGAUAGAAAAAUGGGAGUUGCAAAGGACCAAGACUUUUGGAGGCGGUGGAAGUAACACCAGAAGCAACCUCAGUUUGAAUGCAGGAGGGAAUCGAAGCAGAGACGUAUUCCAGAAAGAGAAGAUGAAGCCUGAAGGAAAAAAUGAAGGUGUCUAUCGUGAAUUGGUGGAUGAAAAGGCUCUCAAACACAUAACAGAAAUGGGCUUUAGCAAGGAAGCCGCCCGGCAGGCACUCAUGGAUAAUAGCAACAACCUUGAAGCGGCAUUAAAUUUCCUCCUCAACAGCAAUAAACAAGCCACCGCUCAAGGACCAGCCGCUAGAGGAAAAGGAAAGGGGAGAGGCCGAAUAAGACCUGAAGAUGAGGAAGAACUUGGAAACGCCAGGCCAUCUGCUCCAAGCACUUUGUUUGACUUUCUCGAGUCCAAAAUGGGUACUCUCGCAGUAGAAGAACCAAAGGCACGGGUGGCAUUGCAGCAUCACGGACACCAGAGAGUGCCCAACGCUGAGCAGAACGGCGUAAAAAUACAAAACCAUCCAAGAUACGUUUCUCGAAACGAACCCCGGCAGCCGAGGAACGAGAAGCCGCCGCGCUUUCAAAGAGAUAGUCAAAACGCAAGACACAACACGGACGGAAGCGGAAUGCCGAGAAGCCGGCCUUCCGAAAGGCAGAAUUCCCUGGGCCCCGAUCAGUGGACCGAAGAGAAAAACAAGUGCGAUAGACUUUACCCUCGGAAAGAUUUUGGAUACCCUACAGCCGGUCAUCCGGGGGACCUUCCAUUCAAGAGGAGGGAGACCCCCGUGCAGAACAGGCCGGGGAAAAUCGGGUCGCUCGUGGAAAUGAAAGAGAACUCUGCCGGCCACGAUCCAACCGACAACAACCACAAGAAACAAGGAAGUCAGAUCCAUCACCCCAACAAUUUCUGCGAUAGGAAAACGUUGAUCCUAGCGAAUGAUUCUUUUGCUGGCUUAAAAAACGAGCAGCCAUUUGGUUUGCCCGUAGACUACCCGAAUCCGGUUAGAACUGAUCCCUUUUGUUCCAUACCAAACGGCGAUUUGGAACAUUUCCCCAAAGGGAGGCGGGUCGGACCGAUUAAAAUGCCUCCCCAAAAUAUGGCCAUGCCCUUUGAUGUCAAAAUGUACUAUGACUCCGGUCCCAAAAAGCGAUCUGGGCCCAUCAAGCCGGAAAAAACGUUGGAGCCGCCUGUUUCGGGAGAGUACGAGAAAAGUUGGCAACCGGGGGACGAGUGUUUUGCUCUUUAUUGGGAAGACAACAAGUUUUAUCGGGCAGAAAUCGAAGCUCUCCAUUCUUCUGGGACAACUGCUGUUGUUAAAUUUUGUGACUAUGGAAACUAUGAAGAAGUGUUAUUAUGCAACAUCAGGCCUGUUCAAGCUGACACCUGG